UGGACAGAGGGGCGGAGCCGACCCGGGAAGACCCGGAUCCGGGCUCGCUGGGUGGGGCCGAGCUCGGGAGCUCCGCCCACUACACGGGGUCUCGACCGAGCCUGGGUCACACUCACUAUCGGCAAUGUGCGGGCGGGACUAGCCCAGACACGCCCCGCGGCUUCGUGGGGAGGGGGCUAAGUCCAGAAAAUGUUCAUGCAGGCUGUGGCCCCGCGGGCAGGACACGCCCCCUGCGGGUGUUUUAAAUAAUGAGUUAAAUAACCUGAACCACGCUCAUUUCUGGGCAUCCUGGCUUGAGAGUGGUGUGGGAGAAGGUUCCUAAGGGAGAAGUGGGGCUCGGGCUGAAUCCCUCGUUGGUGAGUAUCUGGGUCCAGGGGCUCCCCUCGCAGCAGUCUCGCGGAGGCCCUGUUGGACACCGAACAGGUGUAGAAGCUACACCGAAGCGGCGGCGCUCCUGAGAAUCUGGACUGCGGCGCAGGAAUGGCUCUGGUGAAGGGGCUGCUGCUGUGUCUGCUGCUGAGCACAGGUGGGGCAUGGGCAUCCAAGGAGCCACUUCUGCCGCUGUGCCGCCCCACCAAUGUCAUGCUGGCUGUUGAGAAGGAGGGCUGCCCCGUGUGCACUGCCUUCAACACCACCAUCUGUGCUGGCUACUGCCACAGCAUGAUGCGGGUGGUGCCGACUAUGCCGGCCUUACCCCAGUCGGUGUGCAACUACAAUUCGCUGCGCUUCACCUCCGUCCGGCUCCCUGGCUGUCUGCCCGGCGUGGAUCCGGUGGUCUACUUGCCCAUGGCUGUCAGCUGUCACUGUGGACUCUGCCGCCGAAAAUAUUCUGACUGCGGGAGUUUCAGGAACGAGUCCCUGGGCUGUUACCACCCUACCCUCCAGGACGCUUCCUCUAAGGACCCUCCCAGCAACCUUACAAGUCCAUCCCAACUCCUGCAGCCAGCAGACACUCCAUUAGUCCCACAAUAAAGGCUUCUCAAUCCGCA